AUUCUCAAAUUUUCUCCAACUUUUUAGGCCAUUCUCUUCUCUCCUCUCUCACACAACAAAUUUUGAAAGAGAGAAACAAAUCUUUCACUUGACACUUCUCUUCUCUACAAAUCCUCAUCUCAUUCUUCAUCCUAAACAUUUUCUCAUUCUCACGAUGAGCCAUAACCAAAACCAAACUCACCGGCCAGUCCCGGUCCAUGUCACAAACGCCGAGCCAAACCCUAACCCAAACAACCUCCCAAACUUUCUCUUAUCCGUUCGUCUCAAAUACGUAAAACUCGGUUACCAUUACCUAAUCUCCAACGCUCUCUACAUCCUCCUCCUCCCUCUCCUCGCCGCAACAAUCGCUAACCUCUCUUCUUUCACCAUCAACGACCUCUCUCUCCUCUACAACAUACUCCGUUUCCAUUUCCUCUCCGCCACACUAGCCACCGGACUCUUAAUCUCUCUCUCCACCGCUUACUUCACCACCCGUCCUCGCCGUGUCUUCCUCCUCGACUUCUCAUGUUACAAACCUGACCCUUCACUGAUCUGCACUCGAGAAACAUUCAUGGACAGAUCUCAACGUGUAGGUAUCUUCACAGAAGACAACCUAGCUUUCCAACAAAAGAUCCUUGAAAGAUCGGGUCUAGGUCAAAAAACUUACUUCCCUGAAGCCCUUCUUCGUGUCCCUCCUAAUCCUUGUAUGGAAGAAGCGAGAAAGGAGGCAGAGACAGUUAUGUUCGGAGCUAUUGACGCGGUUCUUGAGAAGACCGGUGUUAAACCUAAAGAUAUUGGAAUCCUUGUGGUGAAUUGUAGUUUGUUUAAUCCAACGCCGUCACUUUCUGCUAUGAUUGUGAAUAAGUAUAAGCUUAGAGGAAACAUUUUGAGCUAUAAUCUUGGUGGAAUGGGAUGUAGUGCUGGACUAAUCUCCAUUGAUCUCGCUAAACAAAUGCUUCAGGUGCAACCAAACUCCUACGCACUAGUGGUGAGCACAGAGAACAUAACCCUAAACUGGUACUUAGGUAACGACCGAUCAAUGCUUCUCUCUAACUGCAUCUUCCGUAUGGGCGGCGCCGCGGUACUUCUAUCGAACCGCUCCUCGGAUCGUAGCCGUUCAAAAUAUCAGCUAAUCCACACCGUUCGUACCCACAAAGGAGCUGAUGACAACGCAUUUGGCUGCGUUUACCAACGAGAAGACAACAACGCAGAAGAAACCGGCAAAAUCGGAGUAUCACUCUCUAAAAACCUAAUGGCAAUAGCUGGAGAAGCUCUCAAGACAAACAUCACAACUCUCGGACCACUAGUCCUACCAAUGUCCGAACAACUUCUCUUUUUCGCGACCCUCGUGGCCCGAAAAGUCUUCAAAGUCAAGAAAAUAAAGCCUUACAUUCCCGAUUUCAAGCUAGCUUUCGAGCAUUUCUGUAUCCACGCGGGAGGUAGAGCCGUGCUCGACGAGAUAGAGAAGAACUUGGAUUUAUCCGAAUGGCACAUGGAGCCAUCGAGGAUGACGUUGAACCGGUUUGGAAACACUUCGAGUAGCUCACUUUGGUAUGAGCUUGCGUAUAGUGAAGCUAAAGGAAGGAUUAAGAGAGGAGAUAGGACUUGGCAGAUUGCGUUCGGAUCGGGUUUUAAGUGUAACAGUGCGGUUUGGAAAGCUUUGAGAACGAUUGAUCCAAUGGACGAGAAGACUAAUCCAUGGAUUGAUGAGAUUGAUGACUUUCCUGUUCAAGUUCCUAGGAUCACUCCCAUUACGUCGUCGUAGUGUUUUAAUUUUUCUUGAAUUCUUUUGGAAAACUAAAUUUGUUAUGGUUUGUAACUUAUGUGAUGUGAUAUUUUUUUAUUAUCUUAAUAUAUAUGAUUGCAAUA